AUGGUUGCUACUUCGCAGUUAACUAUUUUGCGCAAUUUAGUCACGCUACUUAGUCCAUUUAAAAUAGUAACAGAAGAUUUGAGUGCCGAGAAAUAUGUCACAGCUAGUUUAGUUAUACCACUAACAAAUUUAUUAAAACAAGAAAUCGAACAAACUAAGCCAUCAACUGCUAUUGGAGUGUCAGUACAAAAUGAUUUAUUGAACGGUAUUCAAAGUAGAUUAGUGCCUUUACAAGAAAACCUUUUUUUGGCCAAAGCAACUAUCUUAGAUCCUCGCUUCAAAAAAUUACAUUUCAUGUCGGCAUUGGCUGUUGCUAAUGCAAUCAGAUCUAUCAAAAGAAAUAAUUGCAGAACACAAAAUAAGAGGAAAUCGUUCAUACCUACAGUAGGCGCUCCUCCAUGUGGAGAAAAAGAAGCAACUUCAUCCUUAUGGGAUGAAGAUAUGCUCUUGAAAAAUAUGGCCGAUACCAAU